CUCCACUAACCACGUGUACACAUACAAACAUGAGUAGACAAACAAUCGCCCUCAUCUCUCAUCUUGUAAUAAUGUCUUUUAAUAUUUUGGAGCUGUAAUCAAGCUACGGUGAAUCUUCCCUGAGCUGAAGCUCGAGGGUAAGAGGAUUUUCCUUGUAGUAUCACAGCUGUAGUUUCUGAGUUUUAACAGCUAAGAGUUUAGCUGUUUUUUAGGCUCCUUUAAUUCUAGUUUUAACUGUGGAGAAAUUAUCUGACACUGUUACUCACAGAAACCUCUCUGAAGUCUCAAAAGUAUCACAAUGAAGAUUUCAACAUGAUCUAAAGGAGCCAAUGUUUAUUAAUGUUAAAUAAAUUCUCUUUAACUCCACCAGGCUGAAAAAAGGACUGUUUGAUUGUAUUAAAGAUGUAUUUACCACAGAUUAACAGACAUUAAAGUGACAUUACUCUGUAUUUCAACACAGCAGAGUUAAAAAGUGAAGAGAAGCAGGUCUCAAGUGGCAGAUUUAUCAUUUUUAAUGUUACCGUUUUGCAUUUAAUGAAGUAAUACAAACAAAAAUACCAGAAACAAAAUUGCUUAACUUGAAUGAACUUUAUUUAAAUAAUACAGACCCAAAUAAUUUUGGUACAGUACAGGAAAAAUAAAUCAAAGUUCUAUCUAAAUGCAUUAAUACUAGUCUUAUAUUAAUGUUGAUAUGAUCUAGUGACUUGCUUUACAUGUUUAUUAAAUAAUAAAUGAAAUAGAACAAUACAAAGUUGAGUGAUACAUUUGAUAAAAUAUGUAAAUAUAAAUAAUCCAUUCAAUAGAUAAGAAAUUGUAAAAAAACUCAGCAAUUAUCUAAAAAAAAAACAUCUGUUAGCCUGAUUAUUUAGCUGACCAAAUAACAAAAUUAUGGUACAGAACCUUUUUUCAAGAAUAUGCUUUGUUCUGUUUGAAAAGCAGCAUUUACAGGAAUAUCAACAUUCAACAGAACUGAAACAAGACUGCACAUGAUAGGAGAUUAAAAAUGUCUGUAGUGAUGAGUUUAAAUAGAUGUCAGGUAUGCUUCACCUUAAAAAUGACAAAUUUCUCUUGUUCUUUCAGGACUCUACACCGGACCGUCCCUGGAGUUGAAUGGACCACCAUCUUCAUGUGGCGGCCUUCCUCCCUAAGUGACCUGCCCAGGUAGAGGCGCUCAGCUUCUCCUGUGAUGCUGUUCAGAGUCUGAUUAUCAGUCCACCUUUUCACUGACUGAUCUGAGACUGAGAGUGAAGCUUUGGAGAUAAAUGGAGACUCCUCUGUAGGUGGAACUACCUCUUUAAUAAAGAGGAGUCUUCCUUUAUCUCCACAGCUUCACUCUCAGUCUCUGAUCAGUCAGUGAAAAGAUAUGGGGAGAGAUUUGUCUCAGAAUUAUGCACAAAUACAAAUCCACAAUUUCCACAUGUGAUUAUCAGAUCCACAAAUAUAUUUUCAUGAAUUUCACAUUAGUUUUUUAACUGAGUGUGUGUGUGUAUUUAUCAUGACUUAUCAUUUGUAAAUCUUCGAUUCUGCUUGUGAAUUUUUUAAAAAAUGUUUUUGUGGAUAAACCUGCACAUGCGUUUAUUUUUGAGACAAACAUACUGUAUUACACAAGAUAUGGACACACACAAGUUGAGGAUAUUCACGUGUGGAGAACACUGCCUCUCCCAUCCACUUGGCGGCAGUGUUGCUCCCUCUGUUGAGAGCAUAGACUGUGAAGAAGAUGAUUGACAGCUAUCCACCUCAGAAGUGGGGAGAAGUUUUUCAGCUUCUAUAGUGGAUAGCUGUCAGUCAUCUUCUUUACAGUGUAUGCCCUGAGCAGAGAGACAGAGCGCUGUCAAAAUUCUCAGCAAUAAAUAUCAUGACUAAAAUUGUGAGUUACAAGAACAACUGCUAAAAAAAACUGUGAAUUAAAGAAAUAUUUUAAUUUAGAUGUCACAAUUCUAAUCUAAUGUGGAUAUUAAUUUCUGUCAACAGCCAGUGACUCAACUUUUAAAAGAUUGUGCAUAAGUGUUUGGUUCCCUGUAUUUGUAGUGUUUCCUUUAAGUGUAAUGCAUAUAAAGACUUGUACUAAAUCAUGAAAGAAUCACAUUAAACACUGGCGUUGAAAGUCCCACAUUUUAUUGAUGUAAUAGACACAAGAGUAAUAACACCAAACACAGCUGAAGGUUUCAUUAUUCAUUUACUCAUAGAUAUUUGAGACUUAAAUCAGCUUAUUUGACAGUCAUGCAAAAAUUUGUGCAAACAGAUCUUGAGCACAAAUUCACUAAAACUUUUCACUUAUUUUUGUUUUUACUGUUUCAAAAGACAUCACAGUAAAAAAUAACUCACUGAUCAGUGAAGAAGCCUGAGAGGUUCUCUGAGCUCUCAGCACAGUCCAGUUUGACAUCCUCAGCGCAGAUUUUUGUCUUUUGUUGGGUUAAAUGUGACCAACUAGUAGUCUCUCUUCUUUUCCUUCAGGACCAACUGUGGGGUUUUUCCUUUUGUGAAUUAUUUUCUUUGUUCAUACUAAGCAUUGGGGGGAGUCUAGGUAUGUGGUUUAUUUAGUUGGCGUACAGUUUAGUUAAGUUAGGUACAGGCAAUGAAGUUAAGAGUUUUAUUUGAUUUCUUUGAUACAAGAGAGAUCUUGAGCUCCUCUUUUAAUGAACAUGCUACACUCUCUGAUAGGUGGGUUGGAGAUUGAGCUACCUAUAAAAGGAGAGGUGAAUUGUUACCAAGGGAGGAAGAUAUGCCCUUUUGUAAUCUCAUUCGAGAAUCAUUUUGUUUGAUCUUGGGAAAAGUUUGUAGUUUUUAAUAGAACCUAUAUACGUGGACUUGACUGUAAUUGAAAAUAUUCACCUCUGGGAAAACAUCAGUCUGUCGAGUUGCCUUUAACUACUUUACAAAGACCCUAAAGAGCUGAGCCAAUAACACAACCACCAGAGGGGGGGACCCACAAGUUUGUAAAUAAAAAACACACAAACACACUGUGACUCUGUGUUGCGUUAUUUUAAUCAGAUCCAACUUGAGUUGAAAUUUAAAAUCUAGUGUCUGGAGAGCAGAGUGAAAUAUGAAAAAAAAUUCUCCUGUGUGUCCAUGUGGCUCAGAGGAUAAGAAGACUGGCUGAGGUACUGGGUUCAAACUUAUCCAGGGCGAGUUGAAAUAUAAAGUCUAGUGUCUAGAGAGGAGAGUGAAAAAGGAAAAAACAAAAUCCCCCUGUGUGUCCACGUGGCUUAGAAGAUAAGAAGACCGAAUGGGACUGCUGUGGUCAUGGGUUCGAGCCUUAUCCAGGACGAGGUCAAUUUUUAAGUCCAGGAACCAAAGUACCAAGGUAAAACGGUGCAGAGCUCAUCCCCGAGUGUGGAUGGUAUGGUGUGGUGAAUCAGGUUUAGUUUAAUCUAUGAUAUAUGAUAUAGAUGACUAUAAUAUAAUAAUAUAACCUAGUCUAAUAUAAUAUUAUCAUUAAUUUAUAUUAUCGAUUUUUUUUAAUUAAUGAUAUAAUAAUAUCUAAUAAUCUAUAUAGAUGACUAUAUUUUAGUCAUGACUAUAUUAUAUACAUAUAUAUUAUAGAUGACUAUAGCAUAUUAUAGUCAUAUUAUAGUAUAUUUUAGUCCAUAGAUGAUAUAAUAUAGAUAUGAUGUAUAUUCAUCAUUAUGUCAACAUUUAUGCAACCAAUAAUAAUAAUAAAAAAGUGCUAACUUAUUUUUGACUAUAGAAGAUGCAAUUAAUGGAUGGUUGUUAACAUUUCCAUUAGUUAUGAAUGAUGAAAUUGACAGACUCCCUACAAAGAAUAAAGGAGCAGUGAGCUAGAUAAUGUAUGUAAAAGAUUAACUUAAUUAACAUAUGGAGGCAUAAACAUCCAAGUGAUGAAGUGUAUACAUGGAGUAACACAGAUAAAUCAUUACAGUCUCUUACUGACUUCUGGCUUGUCACAUCUAGCACAACUGAUAAUGUGGAGAGAACAGAUAUUGAGCCCACCAUUUUCACGAACCACAAAGAUAUUUCAAUUAGGAUGAACUUGUUAAAAAGACCAAAAAUUAACACAGACUACUGGAAAUUAAAUAAACACUAAUUCAAGAUCAUGACUUUCAAGACCAAAUAAGAAAGCUGAUUGAGAAGUACUGGAGGCAAGUAGUGACUACCAACCUGUACAGAGAGUCCUAGGAGUUAUUAAAAUAUGAAAUCAGAUCGGCUAUAGAAUUGGGUAAAAAAAAAUGUCUAAAAAAACAAGAGAAAAAGAACUCCAAACUGUUACAAAAAUUAUGAACUUAACUGAAAAAGAAAACCCGUCUGAGGAUGAUGCCAGAGAACUUGUAUUUAAUUUAUGUAGAAAAGACUAGAGGUGCUUUCAUUAGAUCCAGAAGGAAAUGGCUAGAGCAAGGUGAGAAGUGCUCUGAGUAUUUCUUUAACCUUGAAAAAAAAUGCAGAAAUGUCUUCUGUGAGCAAACUUAAAAUUAAUGGUACGAUUUGUGAAGAUGAAUCAAUAAUCUCUAACUAUGUAGCUAACUUUUAUGAAAAACUGCACUCCAGGCAAACUCUGAUGAAAAGCAAAUGGAUGUGUACUAUAAGAGUAUAAAUCACAACAUUAAAAAAAUGACAACACUCUUAAGGACUUGUGUGACCAAAAAAUCUCUAAUUAUGAAAUACUUAAAGCUGCAGUUUCACUAAAAGAUAAUACAUCUCCUGGAAAUGACAGCAUUACUGGUGAAUUCUACAAAAACUUUAGGGAUGCCCUCACACUGUUUCUUGCAUGUAUUUUUGAAGAAUCGGUCACCAAAGCAGAUUCACACCUUCCAUGCAGCAAGGACUUAAAAAAUUAAAAUAAAACUUAGAAAACUUUUUCCAGCAUCAUCAGAGAGGCUUUCAGUCUAUCUAGUCACUAGAUAGAUUCUAGAUUCUAGUGGAUAGAGCAAGGACUUGUUUUGUCUUUCUAGAGGCAUGGUGUGUGCAAAUUACACAUUAUCGAUAACCCAAAUAAUAAAAAUUCAUACUAUACAGCUUUAUAUGGAUACAUUAAUCUAACGUAACCAUAGACUGUAUAUACUAUGUACAACUUGGUUCCACCUUCCACCAGUAUACGGAUUUGAAGACAAAAAGCUCUCAGUAAUUUUGCCUUUUAUCUCCAUUUUCUGAAACCAACAUUGCGCAGUAGCGUUGUGCGCAUUCGGUGGGAGAGUCGCCAAGAGAUGCUGUGAUGACACUCGGCUCAAACAGCGUAUCCCCCAGUUGAGCAACACAGUCUUUGUACAUCCAUAGGCUGUAUCAAGUGUCAAUCAUAGAAAACAUGAACCCCUUAAUAACUUUUAUAAACGGAGCUGCACAGUAAGAAGGACUUCAGCACAAACCAGUCUUAUAGAAACUACAUGUCAAGAUCGCAAGCAGGGGUGAAAAAUAUUUAUAUUCUGUGUAAUAAAUUUCUAAAGUUUGUCCACAGCUUCGUAGGGAUUGGUGGAGGAGGCAGGAUUCAUGACCUAUACUGCAGCCUGUCACCAGAGGGUGCUGUUCUCAGAGUGGCUUUAUCCAGCGAGGAGGUAGACGCUGUCCAUUCUACAGUCUAUGAAGGUGACACAAAAAUCAAGAUACUAGCCUAUGUUGUAUCAAUGUAUGAGACACUGAUAUCAACAUAAAUUCUCACACUGUUGCGUUCACCAAACCUGAGAAAGAAAUAAAAGAGACAAGGGCAAAUAGCUGAUAAAGCAUUUUUAUGCUCACAUUAAAACAGCAUCACAUAACGACGCCAGUUUGUUCUUGUGCCAAAAACAGAAACGGCAGUAGUGACAGCUGUUGUAAGCCUGCAUUGAGAAACCUGAGCCUGUUACCUCUGCAAGGCCCAAUCCCUGAAUUCCCACAGACCUCUAAGCACUUUAGCAGACCACCACACAGUCUGAGGCUGAAAAACGAUGUCAACAGACGCACAACAACACUAAUAUGUGGACUAUCGUCUUAUCAUGGUUGCAUUUUGUUCAAAAGAAGUCGCACUGCUGACGUUGCCUUUAUUGUUGAGCUUGGUUUUUAAGACCUCAGCUCAAUAUGAGAACUACACUUUCAGAAACUUCCCCGAAGAGGAGCUCAUGCCCCUCACCACAGUCUACGGAUUAGCUUUGGAUCAUUUCGCCGCAGAGGAGUGGACGGAAUCCAUCAAAUAUUUGGAGUUAAGCCUGCGUCUGCACAGGCUCCUUAAGGACAGUGUGAGAUACUGUGUGCUGCUCUGCAGUGACAGCAAACACGGUGAACCGAGUUUUACAGGAAACAAGGAUCUGAACGUCGUCUGGCACUUUUUGAUGAAGGCGACCUGUCAGAAAAAGUGCAGGGCGAAAUUCCCCGCGCUGCAGCUCCCCCCUCCACGCACAGAGAUCCUUCAGGAUUUCAACAGGAGAUCUCCCUAUAAAUACCUGCACUUUGCACAGUCCAAGGUAUGAUAAAAACUUCAUUGUUCUUAAUACCUGUAAGUUGUCCAACUGUAAGAACGAAUGUAGACUCAAUGUAUUUUUCCACAAGCUGGAUGACCUGCAGAGGGCUAUCCCAUGUGCCUACACCUACCUACAGAGGAACCCUGAAGACCAAGAGAUGCAACGAUUGAUGGAGGUUUACAAGAACCAGUAUGACCUGAGUGGCUAUCUGACAGACCAUGAAGAGCAACCACACGAGGUGAGAACAUCUAACAUAAACUCUGCCCCUCAUAAACUACUUUCUGAAGAGAACAAAGGAUACUUUUACAAGGUAAAUCUAUAUUAAACUUUAUGGAGAUUGUCGUGCCUGAAUGAACGAUCUAAAAACCCUUAAUUCAGGACUCUUUCAGCUGCUUGUCUUACUACUAACAGUCCCUCUUUAAAACAUUUAUUCCAGGCCUUUUUCCUGAAAGGAGUUAAACUUGUGAACUCAGGCGACUACAGCAGCAGUGUUGGUCAUUUGGAGGAAGCUCUCAGGCUCUACCUCAGAGAGUAUGACCUCUGUCAGGCUGAAUGUGAAGGGAUCGGUCAACUUUCACCAGACAUCGAUCUCUUCACAGUCAUGGCAGGUAAGAAAAAAAAAAAAAAAAAAAAAAACAGUAUUCACACAAAGUAUCAUAAUCAUAAAUAACAAUUUUUCGCUUUUAAUUAAUUAAUUCAUGGUGAAAAGAGAUAAAGUACAGAUUAUCCUUACAUUGCUGCAUGACUCAACCAUAACUUAAGUAAAAAUAUUACUUUUAGCCGCAUGACUUAUGUUGACACUUACAAACUACCAAAUGCAUAUAACAUAGUUUGAAUACAUGGACAUUUUAGAACAUAUAAUAUUAUUUUACUUAAUUAAUAUAUAAUUUGCUAGUACUUUUAUGCUUUCCAUUCUGGUUGGAUGAGAGGCAUAGUAGUGAUAUACAACCCAACACCACCUGGGUUUUUCCCUAUGUGUUUCACUCCGCCUUAGCUAGUUGGUUUGAAUACAGUUCAUUUACGUUACAGCACAGUGUUGUCUUGAUUAAAAAAAAACCUUAAACUUUCAUUUCACUGCACGUGUAAUUAUUAAAAACACAAAAGUUUAAAGUAUUUAUAAGAUAUAAAGUUGUUGGUCUGUGGUAACCAAGGGUAAGCCUGCAGCCUCAGUGUAAUUCAGUACAUCACUCAACAACCUCUUAGGUGAUAGAGCUCAAUUAAAGAUUUUGUCCCAAAAAAGUAUUUCUAUGUCAGGAUCUGAAUACCUUUUCCUCCACUGCAUCUGGUCUCUCUUAAGUUAUAUUUUUGAGCACAGCCUCUGUUCAUGGGACACUUAGACCACCAGACCGAUUUUCUCUCUGUCUGAACUCUUCUCUGCUCUCCACAGACCUCUUUACUGGCAUAUUACAGUGUCAGCUUAAGUGUGAAGAAAACCUGAUGCCCAAUGUUGGCGGUUUCUUUGUGGAUAAAUUCCUGGCCACAGUUUACCACUACCUCCAGUAUGCCUACUAUAAACGUAAGUUUAACAUGAUCUCUUCUGUAACAGAGCUUUCCAUCUUUACUUGACUUUCCUCAUCCUCUCACCAGUGAACGAUGGUCGCAAUGCAGUGCCCUGUGCGUACAGCUAUGCCCUGUUUGAGCCUGAGGACCGGGUGAUGAAGCAGAACCUGCAGUAUUAUGAAGCAUACAGCGAACAGUGGGGUCUUCAGCCUGAGCACUUCUCUCCCAGAAUGGUGAGAAAAAAAACAGUCUUAGUUUUUAGGGUACAAAGAAGCAAAGUGAAAUGCUGCUAAAACCAGAAAGCAGCAAAGUGUGACAUAUCCACUUACAGCUAAAGACCUACUGUCAUUCAUCAGUAAAUCCACAAACAAACCCUGAAAGUAAUCACUUAAUCACUGUACUUGAGGAAGUCAGUAUAAGAAGAUAGAAAACGGGUUAAUUCUUGAUACCUGAGCCGUGUCCUGUAUGAUCUGUUUCUGUUUGAACAGGAGGCUCUCAAACUCUACAACCAGACUGUGGCUCUAAAGCAGGUGCUAACAUCUGCACAGAAGUACUUUCUAAUGGAUGAUGAGGUGAGAUUUACAAAUACAUUAUUCCACUUAUUAGCCUGCUACCAUCUACGGUCAUAAACAGAUUGACAGAAAACAUUGAUAUAGAGGUGAUUUUACCUCUUAGGAUGUUUAGUAUAUUUAGUCUGUAUUUAUUGCAUAUACUUAGUACUUUUAGUAAUUUUAGUCUGCACUGUACUUACCUGUUCUUAUAUUUAAUGUUAUUUGUAUUUUCCCUUUGCUGCUGUAACAAGAGAAUUUCCCAGUUUGGGAUCAAUAAAGUACAUCUAUCUAUCUAUCUAUCUAUCUAUCUACCUACCUACCUACCUAUCUAUCUACUUGCUUGCUUGCACACUCAAUUCAUGUCUCUCUUUUGCUGUCCUGUCUUGACCAAUCAGAAUCCAGUUCUUACCACAGCUUGAUAUAACAGGAACUUAAUACCAUCUCUUUGUAAAAUAGUUCUUAAACACUAUGGAGUAGUUGUCUUUAAUGAGGUUUCAUUUUUCAGGAUUUUCUUGGACCAGAGGAAGCUGCUCUUCUGGCCUCCGAGUCUCCUGAUAUGGAGUUUGAAGGGAUGGGGGACUACGAGGAGUCCAUCUUUGCUGACUGGAGGCAGCCAAAGGGCAAAGGAGACAUCGGGGAGACGGAUAUCUGAGCAGAGCUGAAAGAUACGUCUACCAAAUAACACU